GUCAAGUAAAGAAAGAAGAAAGUCGCCAUUUUGUGUUCGCCGAGAGGGAUACGGACUGUGAAUGACGGCUUGAUUCAAGCUAAAUAGCCUUCGUGUGAUUAUUGUUCUUUUGUUUUUUUCUCCACCAUUCGUUCGGCUCUGCCGUAUUAAACAGCGUUGAUGAUUGGAAUUCCGCGUGACGAUCGACAUAAGAUCACGGUUAAAAUCCGCAACAAUAUGAAAAGGAGCUCUAGUCGCGAUACUCCGCCUCCUCGCGUCAAACGAAGCAGAUCAUCUAUGGGGCGAUAUGAUGAUUCCAGUGAUGAACGAAUAACUCCUGAAAGGAUUCGUCGUCGCAGUAGGGGUGCAAGAAGUCCUAGUCCUCCAACGCGUGCCUCUUCUCAUGCUCGUUAUGUAGAAUCAAGUUCUCAUAGGGAUGAUUAUUUAAGAGCACCCAGAGAAUUACCUCCAGAACGUCCAUAUAGCUACAAAGUUCUUUGUAUCAGUUCAAUUCACCCAAAAGCAAGUGAUGAAGUGAUUAAAGAUACUCUCUAUAGAGAAUAUAAAAAAUUUGGAGAUUUUUCUAUUAGAAUUUCUCAUGAAUUAGACGAACGUGUUGCUUAUGUUUGCUUUAGAAGUUCCGAAGAUGCCAGAGAUGCAAAACAUGCAAAACCAAGAAUUAUUAUGUAUGACAAAGUAGCACUUGUUGAACCAGUUUAUGAAAGACCUGACACUUAUCGUCGUCCAAGAUCAAUUACACCCCCUGAUUAUGAAAGAUAUUAUGCUAGAAGUCCUGGUCCAACAGAUAGACAUAGGCCUCUAGAAAGAUAUGAAAGAGUUUAUGGACCUCCAGUUGGAUUGCCUCCACCACAUAGAGAAAUGAGACGUGAAGCAAUUCCACCUCCUCAUCAUGAAUUUGUUAGACCACCAAUUCAUCAUGGUCCACCUCAUGUUCACCCUGGUCCACCUCAUCAUUAUGGUCCUCCAAGGCACAUGAUGAUACGACAUCCAGUUCAUGGAUUUGAGCGUGUAGAGAAUAAAAAAGAUAAAUUUCCUAAUUAUUUACAUCAUGUUUCUCCAGAAGAUGAUCCACUGGCAACAAGAACUCUCUUUGCAGGAAACUUGGAAAUCAAUAUUACAGAAGAAGAAUUAAGAAGGAUUUUCAGUAAAUAUGGAAUUGUCGAUGACAUUGAUAUCAAAAGGCCUCCACCAGGAACAGGAAAUGCCUAUGCUUUCGUCAGAUUCCAGACUUUAGAUAUGGCACAUAGAUGUAAGGUUGAACUUUCUGGACAAUACAUAGGAAAAUUCCAAUGUAAAAUUGGUUAUGGGAAAGCUACACCUACCACAAGAAUUUGGGUUGGUGGUUUAGGACCUUGGACAUCUGUACCACAGCUAGAAAGAGAAUUUGAUCGAUUUGGAGCAAUAAAAAAAAUUGAUUACAUAAAAGGAGAUAGCAAUGCUUAUAUUUUAUAUGAUUCAAUAGAUGCAGCUCAAGCUGCUGUAAAAGAAAUGAGAGGGUUUCCCUUGGGUGGUCCAGAUAGAAGACUGAGAGUAGAUUUUGCAGAUGUAACUCCUGGAUUUGGAUUUAAACCAAGACCUUAUCCAGAAGAAAGUGGAGAGUUUCGACCAAGACCAGUAGAUUAUGAACCUUCUUAUGAUCCCUAUGGACCAGAUAGUGAUUUUGGCUAUGGACCAAGAGGAUUUAGAGGUAGAGGAUCUGCCCCAUGGCAUGAAAGGAGAGGUGGAGGAAGAGGAGGUUAUCGUGGAACUUACCCAGAAAGUUAUAUGAGAGAUGAAGCUGAUUGGUCUAGCCGUAGACCACCUCCAGAGUUAGAAUAUGAAACACCAAGAAGUUUACGUCGAUCUUUAUCAAGGGAACCUGGUGUAGAUAGAUCAAGAUCAAGAUCUCCACGCAGAAGACAAAUUGAUUCUGAUUCAGAUUCAGAAAAUACUCGUAGUGGAAUGCUUUCCACUUCUAGAACACUACCUGAAGUUGCAAGGAAAUCAAUAGCAGUUUGGCAAGGAGCAUUAAUCUUAAAGAAUUCUCUAUUUCCAGCUAAGUUCCAUUUAACUGAUGGUGACACAGAAAUAAUUGAAGCCUUGAUGAAAGAUGAAGAUGGAAAACAUAUGUUGAGAAUUACACAAAGAUUGCGUUUAGAUCAACCAAAAUUAGAUGAUGUGUCAAAAAGAAUCCAAACUUCUAGUUCACAUGCCAUUUUCUUAGGAUUGGCUGGUUCAAGUACAGUUAUUUCUACAGAUGAUGCUAAUGUGCAGACUAGGCCAUUGCGCAAUUUAGUAUCAUAUUUAAAGCAAAAAGAAGCAGCUGGUGUCAUUUCACUGCUUAACAAAGAUACAGAAGGAACUGGAGUUCUUUAUGCGUUUCCACCUUGUACAUUCUCUACAGAACUAUUGAAAAGAACUUGCCCAAGUCUCAGUGAAGAAGGACUCAAGGAGGAUCACCUGGUAAUCGUCGUUGUUAAGGGGGGUAGCGCCUAA